AUUGGAUAAAUAUAUAAAGUAUCGGUUGGUUUUUACUGUAAGAUGGCUCUAGUAGUACUUAUUGUCUUUAACUUCAUUCAAAACAAUUUUGUUAGAUUGUAUGUGACAGCUGUCAUAUCAGCGUGCAUUUAAAAAAAGACAUUGCUGAGAGCGCUGGCCGGAGGCGGUGAACGGAGGUUUUCCCUUGGCCAGUGAUGGGGCUGAGCCCCUCUGAUUCCCCCAGGCCACCCCUGCACUGCCUCUGCUUGGUUCUGCGUCUGCUCGCUGAAGAAGCUGAACAGGCAAGAGGAGUCUCUUCCCCUGGGUGCAUAAGUCCCCAUUGGCCGAGGCUUUGAGUCCUAACUGCCACAGCUGAUGGCUGCGAGGGAUUGAGACCAGAAAAUGAGUUGCACAAUUGAGAAGGCACUUGCUGAUGCUAAAGCCCUUGUUGAAAGACUGAGAGAUCAUGACGAUGCAGCAGAAUCUCUGACUGAGCAAACCACAGCUCUCAACAAGCGAGUAGAAGCUAUGAAGCAGUAUCAAGAAGAAAUUCAAGAACUUAAUGAAGUUGCAAGACAUUGGCCACGGUCCACAUUAGUUAUGGGAAUCCAGCAAGAAAACAGACAAAUCAGAGAAUUGCAACAAGAGAACAAAGAAUUACGUACAUCCCUGGAAGAACAUCAGUCUGCCUUGGAACUUAUAAUAAGCAAGUAUCGAGAGCAAAUGUUUAGAUUGCUAAUGGCUAGCAAAAAAGAUGAUCCAGGGAUAAUAAUGAAGUUAAAAGAGCAGCACACCAAGGAAUUACAAGCACAUGUUGACCAGAUAACUGAAAUGGCAGCAGUAAUGAGGAAAGCCAUUGAAAUUGACGAGCAACAGGGUUGCAGGGAACAGGAACGAAUAUUUCAACUUGAGCAAGAAAAUAAAGGCUUGAGAGAGAUCCUUCAAACAACUCGAGAAUCAUUUUUGAAUCUUAGAAAAGAUGAUGUGUCGGAAAGUAUAUCUUUGUCAGCAUUAGUGACCAAUAGUGACCUGAGUCUGAGGAAGAGCUGAAGAGCUUUUAAGUCUGUGAAUGAAUUAACAGAAAAAUCCAUCUCAAGCUGCCCUUUGUUUUAUUUUUUUAUAAUAUGUACAGUCUACUGG